GUACCAUCGGUCGCCAAUUGCCCCACACAGCCACUGAGCUAUAUAUCCCACUAGCAAGCCAAAAGAAAAUAGAAAAUCCCACCACUAUCGCAUACACGUACGUACAACUGAAAAGAAAAUGAAAGAAGAAGCAAAGAUGAUGAUAAGGCUUGCCGUGGUGCUGGCCUUGACGGCGGUGGCCGCGCACGCCCAGCUGUGCGGCCACGGCAUUGUCUGCCCCCGCAACCUCUGCUGCAGUAAGAGCGGGGAUUGCGGCCUGGGUGAUCCGUACUGCGGCCCCGGUUGCAGAGGCGGCGCCUGCCACCAUAUCGAGACGGCAUUCUAUAUGUGCGGCAGCAAGGGCGACGGAAGACCGUGCCCAGGCAACCUCUGCUGCGGCCGGGGCGGCAUAUGCGGGAUCAGCCAAGUCCACUGCGGCGACGGCUGCGAGAGCGGCCCUUGCCACGCCAGCGUCAGGUGCGGCAGCCAGGCCGGCGGCAAGCUGUGUGCGAGCAACCUCUGCUGCAGCCAUGACGGCCACUGCGGCAUGGGCGUCGAGUACUGCGGCCACGGCUGCCAGGGCGGCGCCUGUCAACCCCCACCGGCACCGGCGCUACCUGCCCCAACACCACCUACUAGCCAAGUUGCAGCCAAUACUCCGGCACCGGCGAUACCUGCCCCAACACCGCCUAGCAGCCAAGUUGCAGCCAAUACCCCGGCACCGCCGCUACCUGCAGCCCCAACACCACCUAGCACCCAAGUUGCAGCAGCCAAUACGGCUACUCCGGCACCCAGCCAGCACCGUGGCGACCUCUCCAAAGAGGACCACCAGGGGUGCAUCCGACGGGUCGACGACACACCCGUGCCCGGCUCCUGCCUCUGCUACCGCAUGUGCGCGCACAAAGGAGGAGGAGACAGCAAGGCGGGGCUCACAGACGCGCAGUCCCAGACCUGCUUCGUCGACUGCGUCCUCAGCGACGGCGGCUGGGUCUUGUGCCCCGCCGCCGCCGCAGCCCCGGAGCCGGAGUUGGUCCCCAAGAAGACAGUGAGGCUUCCUGUCAUGAGGCCCUGGGUGUCCACGAGCAAAGAGGAGAAGCACAUAAUAGACGAGGAGCUGUACGUCGAGCUGGAGUUCGAAUCGGAUUUCCCGGGCGAGGUGUCCAUCAUGGUGUGGCUGAAUACGCCGGAAGGCAAGGACAGAGAGCUCGAUGACACACAAGACGAACCCCGCUUCGUGGGCUCGCUCAUCGUGUCGAAGCACAAUCGCGCUCCUCCGUACAGGGAGCACGGCUUCUUCAACAUCAGUGCGAACGUCGACGCCAUCGGAGCCACCGGCGACGAGAAGGUGGUGGUGUCGCUCGUGCUUACACCUGCUGAUGACACGGCGAGGCGUCGUUGGUCCGAGGUGGUGGACGUGUUUGUCUUUCGCGGUGCCAUCAUUACAGCGCGUCGAUUAUAGAUAAUACCUCCGUUACAAAAUGUAAGAUGUCUAAGGAUUAGUCAAAAAUUAUCCUUUUUUAAGUUUGGCCAAAUUUAUACACAAAAUAUAAACAUUUACAGUACUGAAUCAACAUGAAUAGAUUCACCAUAAAAUAUAUUUUCUUAAUAUGUCCAUUCCAUAUUGUAGAUGUAAAUAUAUUUUUCUAAAUAUUUGGUCUAAGUUAGUAAAGUUUGUCUUUUGACCAGUCCUUAGACGCCUUAGAUUUUGAGACGGAUAGAGUAUAUAAUACGGAUCUCAGAAUAAAAUUAUUAAUAAUACUCCACUAUACUUACUCUUGUAAGAAAAUCUCUGUAAUUAUAUCAAGAAAAUGGAGGAGGUGCAGCUCGGGCUUGGCCAUUGGUCCGAUUCGAGAA